CGGAGGACAAAAAAAAAACCCCAGGAAAGCCAGAGAGCCAGGCCGGAGCGCGGGCGGGGGAGGAGGAGAGGCCUAGUGACAGCGAGGCGGGACGGGACGAGUAUGUUACGGGCGGAGGAUUCCUGAAGGAGACACUUUUUAAUUUUUCAGUGGUUUUUUGGCGCGCUGGAGGCGUCGCGCGCCGAGCGUCGCCGACGUGGUGGCGUCAUCACCGGGCGGCGGUUAAGAACUGAAAGAAGAUGCACCUGGACUUUCCCCGGAGCCUUCUGCAUUUUUAAUCAUCAGGUGGAAUCUAGGGUUCUCUGGCCCUAAACCAUAUUUGUUUGACAAAAGUAGAAAUUAGUUCUACCUUAGUGGACAAAUUGUUGCCUACCAUAACUGUCUCCCAUUGAAGGCUUCUGUGACUGCUCUUUAAGCUACAAAACUCUGUGCUCAACUUUGUCUGACAUCUGUCCUGUCGAGUGUUCAUGAUGCUGGGCCCUGAGGGAGGUGAAGGCUUUGUGGUCAAACUCCGUGGCUUGCCAUGGUCCUGCUCAAUUGAGGACGUGCAGAACUUUCUCUCCAACUGCACGAUUCACAAUGGGGUUGCAGGUGUCCAUUUCAUUUAUACUAGAGAAGGCAGGCAGAGUGGUGAGGCUUUUGUUGAACUUGAAUCACAAGAUGAUGUAAAAUUGGCCCUGAAAAAAGACAGGGAAAGCAUGGGCCACCGGUACAUCGAGGUGUUCAAGUCACAUAGAACCGAGAUGGAUUGGGUGUUGAAGCACAGCGGCCCAAACAGCGCUGACUGUGCCAACGAUGGCUUCGUGCGGCUCCGGGGCCUCCCAUUUGGAUGCACAAAGGAAGAAAUCAUUCAGUUCUUCUCAGGGUUGGAAAUCGUGCCAAAUGGGAUCACAUUGCCAGUGAAUGCUGAGGGCAAGAUUACAGGGGAGGCCUUCGUGCAGUUUGCCUCACAGGAAUUAGCUGAGAAGGCUCUAGGAAAGCACAAGGAGAGAAUAGGGCACCGCUAUAUUGAAGUGUUCAAGAGCAGUCAGGAGGAGGUUAGGUCCUACUCAGAUAUGCCUCUCAAGUUUAUGUCUGCACAGCGGCCAGGGCCCUACGACCGGCCUGGCACAGCCCGGAGAUACAUGGGCAUUGUGAAGCAGGCAGGCCUGGAUCGGAUGAGGUCCAGCGCCUACAGUGCAGGCUAUGGGGGCUACGAGGAGUAUAGUGGCCUCAGCGACAGCUAUGGCUUCACCACCGACCUGUUUGGGAGAGACCUCAGCUACUGUCUCUCCGGAAUGUAUGACCAUAGAUAUGGAGACGGCGAGUUCACCGUGCAAAGCACCACGGGCCACUGCGUCCACAUGAGAGGGCUGCCCUACAAAGCCACCGAGAACGACAUUUACAACUUCUUCUCUCCACUCAACCCCGUGAGAGUCCAUAUUGAGAUUGGCCCAGAUGGAAGAGUGACAGGAGAGGCUGACGUGGAGUUUGCUACCCAUGAAGAAGCUGUGGCGGCGAUGUCCAAAGACAGGGCCAACAUGCAGCACAGAUACAUAGAACUCUUCCUGAAUUCCACCACAGGGACCAGCAAUGGGGUGUAUAGCAGCCAGGUGAUGCAGGAAAUGGGGGUGUCUGCUGCCCAGGCCACCUACAGUGGCCUGGAGAGCCAGUCAGUGAGUGGUUGCUAUGGGACCGGCUACAGCGGUCAGGAUAACAUGGGAGGGUAUGACUAGUUUUGUAGGAGCAGUUGAGUUAAUUGAAUUUUCACAGGCAGCCAGUUAGCAGUGAAAAGCAGUUUAUACUAGAGGAAGCUGUGGGACCCAUUUUACACCAUGAGUUUGUGAAAUAUAGAUUUAAAAAUUACUUAGUGUUUUUUCAUGCAAACUUUUCUUCUAGCAUGUGAUAUUGAAUAAACUAAAACUUUUUUCUUCCACUUUUCUUGAUUAACAUUUUUGCUAGUAUACUUCAGAGUGCUGUUAUCUGAGUUCAAGUAGUUGAAGUAUGUGCAGGGUGGAUCUUCACCCACAGGAGCACAGUGGGGACGUGUACUUUUUGGAGAUCUCAAAGGUGCUAGAUCCCUAAUCAACGAGCAGCAGUUCUCAUGUUUGUUCAUUCUAGUUUAUACUUUCAUUUAAUAUCUUUUAGGUUAGGUUAAGUUUUAAGUUUUUUAAAAGUUAGUUUUGAGAAUUGAGACACAAUACUAAUACUGUAGGAAUUGGUGAGGCCUUGACUUAAAGCUUUCUUUGUACUGUGAUUUCCUUUUGGGUGUAUUUUGCUAAGUGAAACUUGUUAAAUUUUUUUGUUAACUGAAUUUUUUUCUUAAAAUAAAAAAUUUUUCACAAUGAAAAAAUAUGUAUAUGUAUAUAUGCUAUAAACAUUAGGUCUGAUUUUGUUACUCAUAUCCUCAUCCACAGCUAGGCCUUAGACCUAAUCAUGUCAGAGCUGCCCAUUUUUAAAAUCGAAAAGCCUAUGUUCUGAAGUCAGUUCUGUUUUUCCAGCACGCCUACCUAAUCACUACAUCAACACCGUAGUCCUUUGGCAUCUCCCAGUUUCCCCUUUUUAUUGGCCUGUACAGCUGGUUUAUGAUCAUCAAUGUUAUUCUCUUAAACUUGGGGCUGUUCCCUGGGCCCUUGGCCAUUUUAUUACACUUUCCCAGCAAGGCCAGUCCUGCUUAAAUUUUCCUAGACAUGGUUGGUGACUGGCCAUUCCCAGAUGAUUUUUCUUGUUGGCACCAUUUAAAACAGCUCAAAUCUCCCAUCCAAUUGAGCAACAAAACACUCAUGUGGCUUGUUUCUAGCUCUUAUCUGUAGCAUCCCCUACAUUACCCUGCAGCAGUUCUGAGUAAUGGGAUUGAAUGGGUCUGGAAGUCAGAAAAAAGCCGACCUUGCACCCUUGAGGUAAAUGAUAGAGGGCUGGGGGGAUGUAGCUCAUGGUAGAGUGCUUUCCUAGAAAUGCAUAAGGGUCUGGGUUCAAUCUAGCACCACCACAAGAAAAGGAGCAUCACCGUAAAUAACUCAUACCAGGGUUAUUGUAUGUAGUUCUAGUACCCCAAAUAAAUCUGAGUUUGAGCCUUUUCUGUAAAAUUAUACUUUCAAACAAUGAAACAAACACAACUUUGCAAUGAAUGUGUUUGGAAAGUUUUAAAGGUGUGAGAAUUGCUGUUUUCCCACAGCGAACAAACUAGAUUCUAUAAGCUUGGGAUUAUGUAGUUUUUUUCCAUUUAAAUACUUGUAAUUUCUACUUUGUGACCCUGUCUAACGUCUGGAUUUCCUUGCAAAUAAACAUUAAAAGAUA